UCGAUCGCCGAUGAUCCGAUCGAGCGACGAUUGAUUGGCUUGCACAAUUCGAGGGACGCAGAUCGGUUGGGAGACGAGCGCGUCUAUUAUGAUGUUUAUUAUUACGAGAGAUGAAUCGACGAGUAGGGUGGCGGGAACUUUCGGAGGAGAGGAGUUGGAGCGGCGUCCACCGCUCCUAUAUAUAACAGAACCGCCAACAGGUGCACGACGUAGUUCAACGGCGAACGUUACGAAUCCAACAACAGCUCAGAAAGUAUAGGUAUCUCCGGCUCUUCCUUCAGUUGCCCAAGAUGCAUUUCCUGAUUUUGGCAGCUAUCGUUGCUGUGGCAGCAGCCCAACAGCCAAGCGGUCGUGUUCUCGAGCCACCAGUACCCGCUGCCUGCGCACAAAGGACCAUCCACGAGCGCUUCAAUGGCAAAGGAUACUACUACUCUUGGGCCGAUCCACGCACCGCCGGACAGGAGUUCGACUGGUUGAGCGCCAGAAACUUCUGCAGACAGCGUUGCAUGGACCUCGUCUCUUUGGAAACCUCCGUCGAGAACGAAUUCAUCAAGAGCCGCAUCGUGCAAAACAAGCAAAAGUACAUCUGGACCUCUGGACGUCUCUGUGACUUCAAGGGUUGCGACAGGCCCGACCUUCAGCCACUCCACAUCAACGGAUGGUUCUGGACCGCCGAGCUGCAAAAGCUCGCCCCGACCACCGAGCGCACCCAGAACGACUGGUCCGAGAACGGCGGCAUCGGCAAACCCCAGCCCGACAACCGUGAAGCCCUCCAAGGCGGAGCUCCCGAGAACUGCUUGGCCGUACUCAACCAGUUCUACAACGACGGCGUCAACUGGCACGACGUCGCCUGCCACCACAAGAAACCCUGGGUGUGCGAGGAAAACGACGCUCUUCUUAAAUACGUCCGCUUCACCAACCCCAACAUUCGCGUUUAAAUUCGGCAUACCGCAUGUGUGCUUCUUUUAACGACACUCGAUCAAGUAUUAUAGGAUUUGUUUUUUUUUUUUGUUUUUUUUCUCUGUUGGAAAUGUAAACAUUUGGUUCAUCGGCUCAUUUUACCAAGUCUCGUUGUUAUAUGGCGAUAAAAAAAUCGAGUCAAAUCAAAUAAUUAAUUGUUGAAAAAACUAUUGGUGAAACAGUACAAGAGUAAAUCUGUCAAUUUGGUCUAUGAUGUACCAUAAGAGUGUUACAAAAUCUUGUCAACAAUUUUAGCUUUUUCAAGGUGUAUUUUUAUUGUGAAUUGUUCAAACUAUCAUCAAUAUUUCUUGCGAGUGAAUCAUGACUGAUUAAUUUAUAUGGUAAAAAUUCAUUUCGUAUGAUAUUAGAUUUUAGUAACAAUUCAAGUAUGGUUAAAUAUUGUAUG